UUCGUCAGGGCUUCGAAUCUGACUGUGCUGUUGUGGUAAUAAAUUUCGACACGUAUUUGGAAGUACGUGGUAUUCGAUGUAUGCAUUGGUCAAACUGCGAAAGCCGGGACGUGACAACUUAAUUUGUUGUCAAGGGUACUUGUAAUUGUUGAAAUAUACAUCAGUGCUCUCAUAAAAGAAAUUCUUGAGGGUAACAGAAGAAACGAUGGCACAAUGCUCUAAUGAUACUUCAAAGAUUGAAGUAUGCGAAUCAGUUUCAGAAAGAUAAGAGCGCGAAGCCACUACGUCAUUUAAUAGCUGGGAGUAGCUUGGAGACAGCCUGAUAGUCGCUAUUCCGACUACUUGAAUCGGAUCUUGGUAUCAGGGUCCGGUGCUAAGCUGGAAAUAUUUGAAUAUCUCUUCAAGUAUGUCUUCAUUAUCUGUUGAAGAUAUCAAAACAACGGGGACAAGUUUGUCCCCAGAGGAUGAGGUCAUGAAGGAACUGGAGUGCCCAGUAUGCCUUGAUUUCAUGUAUGAGAAUAUACGUAUGUGUGAAGCUGGACACAACAUAUGUUUUGGAUGUUCUGACAAGCUAAACAUAUGUCCCCUUUGUAGAAAGAAUAUGCUUGUAGGGACGCGAAAUAGAGCACUGGAGAAAAUGGCAUCACGAAUGACUUUCCCAUGUCGAUACCACACUGCAGGAUGCUCUGAAAGCUAUCCUGCAACUCUGUUAAGUCAGCAUUUGCUGGUGUGCCCUCGUCGCCCUUACUCUUGUGCAGUAGAUGCUGCAAAUUGCAAUUGGAAAGGUCAACUGCAUCAGAUGGUUUCACAUUUACAAGAGGAACACCAUGAGCAGCUCUGGGCAGAACAGAGUGUGACAUUUGUGUACACACAAUUUGAUGGUACAAAUAUGGAUGUGCUGCAUGUGCUGGGAGGAGAAAUGUUUCUUAUCCAUCGUCGCAUUGAUACAACCAAACAGUUGUUUUAUGCAACAGUCCAGUAUUUGGGUCGAGAAGAAAAUGCAAAGCAGUUCAAGUAUACAGUGAGGAUUUUUCGCCUUGAUGGAAGAAAAAGUGUGUCCUAUCAAGAUAUGACAUUUCCUGACACACAGAAUGUCGACACUAUACUUGAAUCUGCCAAUUGUGCUUGCUGGUGUAUGGACUUUGUGCGAAGCUUCAUAACAAAUGGUGAACUGUGGUGUACAGUUGAAGUUUCCUAUUUGUAAGGUUCAUGUGAUUCUGACUACAUAGUAAAGUAACUCAGUCUUUAAAAAAUUAACAAAAGAAAGUUGUACUACCUUUGUUAACGUUAAGCUAGGGUGUUUGAGAAUAGAGCCAGCUAAAAGACUAAGUAUAAUAUGUAUUGUAAUUAAAAGAGCUGUGUUCUAUAUGGUAUUUCUGUAUGUUGUAUAUGAAUGAUUUUCUUAUGCAUUUGUUAUUACUUGAGUUGUCUCACCGAUACAUGUCUGUCAUGUUGCAAGGACCAGAAAAUUUAUAGCAUUUGAUGCUGAAUUCUAUAUUAUAUGUGGCUCAAAGCCAUCUGUUGAUUAAGAAUGUGUGUUAUUUUCUUGAGGCAGUAUUUCUACAUUGAAACUGUUGUAAAUAUAGAUGGAUGUUCAAGCUGAACACAAAGUAUUAAUGUUGUGACUGAAUAUUUUGGAAUAAAUAUA